AAAUGCUCAGAACUCUGACAAUUCUUACAGGUCUCUCUACGAGGGUCUUGGAGUUGACAAUGUACAGCUAUAUGUCCUGUCUAGUGGCAUCGGUAACAGGUAUUAUAAGGGCAAUUAGCAAAAAGAUGCUUGGGGGAUUUACAAUUACCAAUACUCGACGAGAGGUA